AUGCGAGCCGGCGGCUGCGCGGUGCAGCAGGCGCUGGCCGCGGAGGCGGCGGCCGUGGUGCGGCAGGCCAUGGCCCUGGCCCGGCGGCGCGGCCACGCUCAGGUGACCCCGCUCCACGUCGCCAGCGCCAUGCUCUCGGCGGCGGGGCUCCUCCGCGCCGCCUGCCUCCACUCCCACUCCCACCCGCUGCAGUGCAAGGCGCUCGAGCUCUGCUUCAACGUCGCGCUCAACCGCCUCCCCACAGCCGGCCCUGCUGCCGCCGUCAUGUUCCACCCCCACCCCCUCCACCAUGGCAGGCACGGGAAGCAGCAAACGCCCGUGCUGUCCAACGCGCUCGUCGCCACGUUCAAGCGCGCGCAGGCACACCAGCGCCGUGGCGCCAUGGAAGGAGGGCAGGCACAGGGACAACCGCCGCAGCCGGUGCUCGCCGCCAAGGUCGACAUCGAGCAGCUCAUCAUCUCCAUCCUCGACGACCCCAGCGUCAGCCGCGUCAUGCGCGAGGCUGGCUUCUCCAGCUCCCAGGUCAAGGCCAACGUCGAGAAGGCCGUCUCGUCGUCGUCGUCACCGGAGCAUCAACCGAACACGACGAUACCAUCCAGCGGCCACGCGACGAGCUCUCCUGCACCAGGUUCCGGUCACCCAAGCAGCAGGCGCCCCAACAAGUCCGACGACGACGCCAUGCGCGUGCUCGACUGCAUGGCGAGCGGGACCAAGCGGUGUGUGGUGGUCGUCGGCGAGAGCGCGGCCACCGCGGAGGUGGUGGUGAAGGCGGUGAUGGACAUGGUGAGCAAAGGGGAGCUGCAGCAGCGGCACGAGCGGCUCAAGAACCUCCAGUUCGUGCCCCUCUCGGCAGCGUCCUUCCAGCGGAUGCCGAGGGAAGAGGUGGAGGCCAAGGCCGACGACCUGCGCGCGCUCGUGCGUCAGGGCUGCGCCGCCGGGAAGGGCGUCGUGCUCGUCCUCGAGGACCUCGCGUACGCCGCCGAGGCCUGGGCCGCCGUGUCGGAGCGGAGAAGGCACGGCAGUGGCGGCCGUGAACACGGUCAGUUCGGCUACUGCCCCGUCGAGCACGCCGUCAUGGAAGUGGGCAGCUUUGUGUCCGCUGCCGCCGGUGGCGGCGGCCGAGGCUUCGACAGGUUCUGGCUGCUAGGGUUCGGGAACAACCAGGCUUACAUGAAGUCCAGAGCAGGGCAGCCAUCUCUUGAGGCCGUCUGGGAGCUGCACCCCGUCGUCGUGCCGGACGGCGGCCUCUCAUUGAGCCUCACCUGCGACAGUGACGCCGAACAAGCUAAUCAAGAAAGAGCAACAAGGCCUUGGCCCUUCGCUAACGGCACUGCUACCGGCGAGAGUGAGCUCAUCACUUCCUGCACCAUGGUGGCGGCGACAACUCCGAGUGUGCCGCCAUGGUUUCAGGGGUACCAAGUUCAAGAUAUGACAAGACCGGCGAGCCGCAGCACCAGUUUUCAGUUGCAAGAUUGGAACCCCAAUUUUAAUGGAUCAGCAGCAUACCACACGUCGGAGCUCACUCUGAGCUUCUCCUCACAGGCUACUAACUCUCCAGACGCUUCUUCCAUCUCCGGCUCCUUUGCCCCAAGCUUCAAUGUUGCCAGCUUGAUGAUGAGCUCCAAGCCAUGGCAAUUCAAGCUGAUGCAACCAUGCCAAAACUAUCAACAUGGUGAUCCAAAUGCAUUGGUCAGGACCUAUGAUCAUCAACAAUUGCAUGGAAGGCCUAGUCCAGAAAAAUCCUACUCGGUGACCAACUCAUCCGUAGGAGCCCCAGCUGAGUCGCCAAAGUUCACGGAGCUCACCGCUGAGAAUCUCAAGAUCCUCUGCAACGCGCUUGAGAAUCGGGCUCCACGUCACAAGGACGUGGUUACAGAGAUUGCAAGUGUCGUGCUCCAGUGCCGCUCAGGCUUGACAAGGAGGAGAAGGUGGUGGUUCCAAGAGAAGCCAACUGCAGUGACAUGGUUGCUCUUCCAAGGUGGGGGCAAUGAUGACAAGAAAGCAGUGUCUCGGGAGCUUGCAAGGCUUGUCUUUGGCUCCUACAGCAAGUUUACCUCCAUCUCACUAGCUGAUGAGUUCACCCAUGUUCACUCCGAUUCCAGCUCCGCCGAGCCCAUGUUGAAGAGGCAAAGAUCACUGGAUACUGGGCAUGGCUACGUUCAGAGAUUGUAUGGCGCGAUACUCGAAAACCCUCAUCGGGUGAUAAUGAUCGACGGUGUUGAGCACCUGGACUAUGAGUCAGAGAUCGGCAUCAGGAAUGCGAUCACAAAUGGAAGAAUUAGGGGUUGCAAUGGUGAUGAGAUCAGUUUGGGGGAUGCCAUCAUUGUAUUGAGUUGUGAAGCACUCGAUUCAAUGUCUAACGCUUCCUCUCCUCGGCUCAAGCAAAGGGUCAUCGAUAAGGAUGGAAAGGAAGGAAAUGGCAUGAACAUAGAGAAUGGGAUGGAGUCAUCUGGUUUUACCUUGGAUUUGAAUGCAUGCGCCGAGGAUAGUGAAGGGAAUGAAGAGAGUGUUUCAUAUAAUGCGAGGAUCAUUAAUAUUGUGGAUGGUGUGUUCUUCUUCCAAUUAAUGGAGCACUCAUGA